AUGACAUUAUCGACAUCUUGUUCCGCAACCUUCGCAGUCCCAGCCUCAGUUGAUAGUGGACUUGGCAGUAUCAAUGCUAAAAUCGUUCCCCAUCGAACGACCCCAACUAGCACUACUAUCCAUCAGAUAUCUCAUACCUCCGUCGAUCCUGCAGACAAGGCCGUCACCUUUGCCCUUCCUAAGGACGGCCGUCUGACAGCAGUGAUUCAGGAUUCACAAACGCUCUCAAGAUCCACUGUAGAGCCUGUGGCGAUAAGAACGAGGCGGGCUCAUGAAAACGGAGAGAGGCGUGAGGAAGGAGAUGAUGCCCGAGAACAUCUGGACGAAGAGGAAGAUGAAGAGGAGGAAGGAGAAGGCGAUGACGAAGAAAUGGAAGAGGAGGAAGAUGACGCUGAAGAAGAGGUUGAAGAGGAUGCUGAGGAAGAAGAAGAAGACGACGAUGACGAAGAAGAAGAGGAGGAAGAGGAUAGAAGUACAAUUCUUGGCGAUGAUGACACUGAAUCGGUAGUUUCUCGUGUUGCAGCCAGGGCAACCUCGACUAGGGGCGAGACGGGCUUGGCAGAUUUGGACAUUGAAGGCAGCGAGGCUAAGAAAACGGAGGAUAGGAAGCUGAUGGCUCUGUUAGCACACUUUUCAGAUGAACAACUAAGUCGUUUCGAACUGUAUCGUCGCUCUUAUUUUCCCAAAGCUACAGUCAGACGAGUGAGUUGGCCCUCUAACGCAAUGAUUUUAUUUCAUUACUUUAGUCUCAAUCCAUAG